UCUGUAGCAACAAGCAGAGAGGCAGAUCAGUAACGGAGAGGGAGUCAGUCGAUUGCUGAAGUGGAAAUGCAAAGUACAGAAUAAAGUUAAGAGGCUAAAUCCAGCAUUACUGUUUUAUUUAAAUAAGAGGGUUUAUAGUACCCCUACAAUAUCAGAAGUGGGCCGAUCACGAGCCAAAAAGAAAAAAAAAUGAAUAUAAGCAAUGCAUCGACGGAGCAGUUAAAAGGGUGGUUGAGUGAAUUAAAAGAACCGACCACGGGAACAAAAAGAGAAUUGAUUUUGCGUUUGAAUAAUUUAACAAACGAAAAGCAAAAUCAAUUGAAAUUAUUAUUAAAAAGCGAGGAAGAAUAUUUCUACGGAAGCAGCAAUAAUAAUGUUCAAAAAGGAAAAAGAAAUAACGCAAAAGACGGAGAGCAUAAAGAGGACGAAAGUAACGGCGAAGCUGGAGGUAGCAACGAAGACGGCGAUGAGAAGAGCACUGCACGCAACAACAAAAGUAACGGCAAACAUGACGACAGAAGCGGGGUACGCAGUUACAAGAACAACAGUGCAGACGGCGCCCGCAACAAAAACAGCGGCGACGGGAAUAGCGACGAAAACGAAGUUGGCGGCAACGAAGACGGCGACGAAGAUGGCAGCGGUGAGAAAAGCAACAAAGAAUUUGACGGGAAUAAACGAAAUACAGUGGGACAAGCUGGGCAAAAUAUGGAUUUAUUAUUGCGUAUGGCAGCCGAUGCAGUGAAUGAAUUUUCGGGAGAUACAUGUGCACGCAAAUGGAUCCUACAAGUGGAAAAUAUAGCCAGCGUUUAUGGAAUACAUGAACCAUAUAUAAAGAUGUUGAUCAUCAGCAAGAUAAAAGGAAAAGCAUGCAUGUGGUUGCAUGCAGAUCCAGAACGUGUAUUGCUACCAACAGAGCAGUUGGCGGCAGAGUUUAUAUCAAUGUUUGGUGAGAGGAAGUCAAAGUUAGAAACAAGGCGAAAAUUUGAGGAACGAAAAUGGACAGCUGGCGAAAGCUUUAUUGCUUAUGUAGACGAUAAGGUGAUGCUUGCACAUGGAAUAAAAAUGGAUGAUGAAGAAUUGGUGGCGCUCCUCAUUGAAGGUAUUCCAAAUCAAAUGCUACGUAACCAAGCCCGUAUCCAAUGCUUUGAAGACAUCCAGCACUUAAAGCGGGCAUUUGCGGAAGUGAAACUACCGAAAAUGGAUGAAACAGACAAGAAGGUGGCAUCGGUGAACAAUAAUGGCAGCACACUCUUGCGUUGUUUCAAUUGCAAUUCGAAGGGACACUGGGCCAAAGAGUGCAGGAAGCCAAAGCGCGAAAAAGGGUCAUGCUAUGCCUGUGGUCAGAUGGGGCACUUUGCAGCAAAGUGCCUGAAAAACAAGAAUGGGGAUGAAAACAAUUACCAUGCCUCAUAGACACGGGAAGCCCCAUUUCGUUCAUAAAAAUUAGUAAAGUACCUAAAGAUGUUAUUGGAGUACCAGUUUUAAGUUCAUUUUACGGAUUAAACAAAAGUUACUUGAAAACAUAUGGAAAAAUAUUGUGUUACAUUAUGAAAAAUAUGAAUAAAAUACAUUUUAAUUUAAUAAUAGUGGCAAACGAGUCUAUGAGUCAUGAUGUAGUAUUGGGAAGAGACUUUAUGAA